AUGCAAACACAAGGUAUUCAAUUUCUUCUACUCGUGCAAUUGUUAAUUAUUAGUGAUACAUACGUCCAUACGGCGUACGUUCCUUCGAGAACAUCUCAGUCGAACGUUACUGAUGCAAAUGAAUCGAUUCUGGAUGCACAAUUACCGAGAUGUAUGAUAGAUAAAGAUUGUGCUCCACAUUCGCAUUGUAAUGAUGGCGACUGUUUUUGCGACAAGGGCUGGAUAACAUGGAGGCAUUAUCCUCGUUGCUCAUAUAAACAAAGUUCAAAGAUAAUGGCUUUUGUUAUAUCAUUUAUCACGGGAAGUAUCGGUUUGGAUUGGUUCAUCUUAUCCCGUCGGGAUAGUCUAUAUAUCUUAUGUGGAAUCCUAAAACUUCUUCUGUCUGCUGGCUGUUGUAUUUGGAAUCCAUUAGCUGCCAGAAGUAAAAGUCGAACAGCUACCACAGCAGCUAGUUGUCUAAGUGUUACAUUGACUCUGAUCGCGUUUAUCUGGUGGUUCGCCGAUUGGAUACGAAUUUUGUUUAACAGUUUUCCUGAUGGAAACGGCGCUCCGUUGGUAUAG